CUUCCCCUUGAAAUUCCACAUAGGUGGCGUUACUAACGCCCGCCAUAUUGAGGAAAACACGAUGCCAACUGUCAGAAAAUGAACUGUCAACACUAACUGACACACAACAAUGACGUACGAUUUACCGAGUGUCUCUUAUAUGGCACUUUACAUUGUGUCCAUGCAAAUCGUGAAUUCUAAUUCUAGAAGCUCUGCGGGCUCAAAUCAUUGGAAACUAAGUGCAGACGAGGGGAGAGUGAUUCCAGGUGAUCAUUCGGAUGGGGAUACGGACGAUUUGAUGAAUAUUCUGACCAACAAGGUGGUGGAGAACGGGGAAUGGCGAGUACUUGAGAAAAAAGAACAUUGCGAUCAACAUAGGUCAAAGGAAUGCUUAAAAGUGGAAACGCAGAAGAAGAAAAAGGAGCUAAGUUGUGGGAAGCCGGUGAAUCAUACCCAAUAUGACCAUUUGAGGGGAAUCGCAAACAGAAACGAACAUGGACACAUUCCUGAGCCAGAGGUUGCACUCAUAUUCAAGAAAAAAGGCAGCAAAAACUCCCAUGUCGAUAUCAAUGAACUGGAAGAAAAGCUUAAAAAGAUGAAAAAAGAUGAUCCUAAUUCAGCUCAUGUUUACAACCAGAUUGGUAAUUUUUGGAGAAUUAAAGGAAACACACAAAACUCUAUAGAAUGCUUCAGAAAAGCACUGUCAAUAUCGCCAAACAAUCCAGAAGUUUUACUGAAUAUGGCACGGGUACUAUUCAAUCUCCAGUAUUUAGACGAUGCAAUAUUUCUGACGAGACGCUCUCUAGUCAUGCAGACCUCCACCCAGAACACCUGGCUACAACAUUUUACGCUGGGCGAAAUCUUGAAGGCUUAUGGUCACUACCAGGAAGCUGCCCUACAUUUUACACACGCCCUUGACCUCAAUCCAGGUUUUCAGCCAGCGAAAGCUCAUCUCAGGGAAAUGGAAGGAACGCCUAGUCCUACAGUGACUCAGUAUACGCUCUUCAUUAUUUUGUUUCUUGUGUUAGGGGUUAUAUUUGGUGUCAUUACUUCCAUAGAGGCCAGUUUCGAUGACCCAGGAGAGGUAAAGACCCAGCGACAUUUUAACAGGGCUAUGGCCAUGAGGUCCAUUAAACUAGGCAUCAACCCUAAACUUAUUCGCAUGAGGAAAAUGAAUUAUUAGGGCUAUCUCCAAGAACAUUAUGGUUGUGCGAGUUAUGAUUUAGGCUGGUUUCUUGCUUGAAUUAUCAGCAGUUAAUUUUACCCCCCUCAGUUUUAAAUUUUUAAAAUAUCUGCAAAAUUUGUCAAACUAUACAAUUGUUAUUAUAAAAUUUGAAUUUAAUUGAAAACCUGUUAAAAUUUAAAAUUAUUUCAAAUAGACAUUUAUUUUAUGGUGUAGUUUCCUUGUGCCAAAUUGUUGUUCUUGAUCUAUAUAUAUAUACUAUUACAUCUACAAUGUACAUUCAAUAAAAGAAUUAUCAACAUUG